AUGUCUGUUAAGGACGUCAGCAAGAAGAGCGGUGAGCUGGAGGGGAAGCUCAAGGGGAAGCUGUUCUUGGGUGGCACAAAGCCCUCCGAGGAGGACGUGAAGCUGUUUAACGACUUGCUUGGUGCCAACAACACAUGUCUGUACCGUUGGGUGAAGCAUAUGGCCUCCUUCACGGAAGCGGAGCGCAAGGCGUGGGGUUCCCCAGUGAAGGUAACUGCUCCUGCUCCUGCCCAGGCCGCUGCUGCUGCUGCUGCUGCUGCUGUAAAGGAAGCACCAAAGAAGGCUGUCCAUGCUCCCGCCAAGAAGGAGGCUGACGACGACAUUGACCUGUUCGGGGAUGCGACAGAGGAAGAGACAGCUGCUCUCGAGGCCAAGAAGAAGAAGGACGCUGAGACCAAGAAGGCCAAGAAGGAGAUCAUCGCCAAGUCAUCCAUCCUGUUUGACGUUAAGCCAUGGGACGAUACCGUGGACCUUGAGGCGCUGGCGAAGAAGCUGCACGCCAUUGAACGCGACGGCCUGCUCUGGGGCGACCACAAGCUGGUGCCUGUGGCGUUCGGCGUGAAGAAGCUGCAACAGCUCAUCGUUAUUGAGGACGACAAGGUCUCCAGUGAUGAUUUGGAGGAUUUGAUCAUGUCGUUUGAGAAUGACGUGCAGUCUAUGGACAUUGUCGCCUGGAACAAGAUCUAA